AACGAUGUGAGAGAAGGAAUUCUUGGGAAAACUAAGGAAGUUUGAAAGGUUUUCGCAUCCUUGCGAGGAAUCGUCAUCUACGUUUAGCUCCAUGGCGGACGAGACGGAUCAGACGGACGAAUGGCUUGAUUUUUCUUCGUCUUGUUUUGAAAACCAGGAAACGCUUUUCGAGGCGAAGGAUGAGGAAACACAAGAUCCUGAAGAAGACCUAAAGCAUGAAAUAAACGGCUUUAGCAAGCUUGAAGAUAUCCAUGAACUAUUGAAGCAAUCACUACCAGACACCUCCGUCACAACACAUGUGCGUCAGAAAACAAGUUCUUCCCAAUGCACUUCAGAUAUUUCGGCUCUAAACGAGUCAUGUAAACAUUGGAUUUGGGUCGAGUUAAUUUCCAAAUUAAACGCAGUUCGCCAGCCAAAAUGGAUGGGUUCCUGUUUAGAGGAGUGCUUUUGUCGUUCUCUACAGGUCUCGAAAGAUUUAAAUGAAAAAGAACAGCCACAAAUAGAAUCUGAUCAUUCUUGCAAAGACUUCUUUAAUUUCCACAAGAUUUUAUCAACUAAUAAGGUACCUUAUAGAACGAAUGAUUCUGAUAUUGAACUAAUAAAUAGAGAUGACAGUAUACAGUCCGUUGAACUCACUGACACUGUGAAGGAAGAGUUGACAAAAUCGUUAGAUGAUAAUUUUGAGGAUAUUGAUGCCGAGUUAGAAUGGUCAGAUAACGAUGUGAAGGACAAUACCUCGUUAAGCAAUGCAUCUUUGUCAUCCUCGGGAAUAAAUGAGAACGAGGCGACUGCAGAGCUGGUUUGCCUUCCAUAUAAAGAGGUUCUCCAUCUCCGGGAUGAACUGAGAGACUACACAAAACAAUAUUCGGAUAUUCUUGUAGUGGAACUGGAGAACCGGGAUGCCUACAUAAGAGAAAAAGAACUAAAAAAUGACUUUAUAUCAAGCUUUUUAUCAGUUCAAGAAAAACUAAGAGAAGUUAAUUCAACAACGAGCAAAAAGAAGUUUUCUUUACAAUCUAGCAAGCAAAACAACCCCCCAAAUAGCCAGAGCUUAACAACAAUACCAUAUGAAAUUAAGAAUGGUGGUCCAAGUAUUGAUAUUUUGGAGAAACUCAUUGAAAUUAUGGAGGCAAUGAAGACAAAUAGUCCUAAUGUCCCAACACUUCUAACAAAUUAUAUUCUCAAUGUAUUGUGCAAAUAAUGAACAAUGGUGUCUCCAUAAAACUUGGUACAAGUUUUUGCCUGGAGCAAAUUGCUGGAAAACAUGCUGUGUGUGUGGCCAGUCUGAUUGAAUUUUAGGCUGCGACUAUAUGUGCUGGCCAUACUGACCUUUUUUAAAUGAAUUGAGAAAUAAUAAAUUAAUUGGACAGAAUGAUUUGUAUUUAGUGGAAUUAGGAUGAAUUAUGGCAGGUUUAGGUAAAAUUAUAGAGUUUGUACAAAGGAGAUUUUG